AUGGCCGCCCUCCUCAGGUUUCUGAGGAGCGUCUACGACCUCGACAACCUCGACACGCGCUUCACCAACGCCUCCUCCGUUCCCUACAAGACCGUCGUCGAGGCUCGCGCCGACCCCGCGCUGAGCAAGGAGUCGCCGGCCAAGGUCCGGGUCCACGCGCAGCCGUCAAAAUGGAACACCCCUGAGUACUGGUUCUACGUGAUAUUCAUCGGUGGCAUCGUGCCGUACAUGUUCUGGAUUGCCUACGAGGUCUCAAGACCCUCUGACCCCCGCUAUCACAAGUACGAGCGCUUCCUCUCCGAAGGUUGGAUCCCGGGUCGCAAGAUCGAUAUAUCCGACUCACAAUACCACACCUUCCGUAAGAACCUUCCAUUCAUGGCCAUCCUCUUGACCUUCCACCCUCUCCUGCGCAAGCUCUGGAACGCAGUCUUCCCUGUCCCCGCCGACCUGCACAAGAAGUCCGUCGCCGAACAGGGCGCUGCCCGCCUUGAGCAGCGCGCCUCCUUCGACUAUCGUUUCGCCCUGGUCUUCCUCGUUGCCCUGCACGGCUUCUCCGCCCUCAAGGUCCUCGCCAUCCUGAACAUCAACUACCAGAUCGCCAAAAGGCUACCGCGCCGCCAUAUCCCUGCCGCGACAUGGAUCUUUAACAUCUGCAUGCUCUUUGCCAAUGAGCUGUGCCAGGGGUACAAGUUCGCCGCAAUUGCGCGGCACAUCACCCCGCCGCCUUUGGGGAAGAGCCUCCUCGACGAGGACCCGUUCCUCGUGCGCUGGGGAAGCUGGAUGGACCACCACGGCGGGCUGAUGGGCCGCUGGGAGAUCCUCUUCAACAUCACCGUCCUACGGCUCAUCAGCUUCAACCUAGACUAUUACUUCAGUCUCGACCAGCGGAGCGAGAGUCAUCUAGAGAAGAAGCAACUCGACCCCGCCAAUCUCUCCGAGCGCGACCGCCUUGCCACCUCGGCCGCGCCCCAGGACUACUCCUUUCGCAACUACCUUGCCUACGCAAUCUACGCGCCUCUCUACCUCGUCGGGCCCAUCAUGACCUACAACGACUUCAUCUCACAACUCCGCUAUCCGCCCGCCACCAUUGAGACCCGUCGUACGAUCCGCUACGCCGUCCGCUUCCUCAUCGUUCUCUUCGCCAUGGAGGCCAUCCUCCACUAUGAAUAUGUCUGCGCCAUCUCCCACGCGGGCCCGAAUUGGUCCACCUAUACGCCCGCCCAGCUCUCCCUCCUCUCCUACUUCAACCUCCACAUCAUCUGGCUCAAGCUCCUCCUUCCUUGGCGCCUCUUCCGCCUCUGGGCCCUCCUCGACGGCGUCGACCCCCCUGAGAACAUGCUUCGCUGCGUCUCCAACAACUGGUCCCCAAAGUCCUUCUGGAAGGCCUGGCACCGCUCCUACAACCGCUGGCUCAUCCGCUACAUCUACAUCCCUCUUGGCGGCGCCAAUUUCCGCUCCUGGGCCACCACCGCCCGUUCCAUCGCCACGUACCUGCUCGUCUUCACUUUUGUCGCCCUCUGGCACGAUAUCCGCCUGCGCCUGCUCAUCUGGGGCUGGCUCAUCGUCCUCUUCCUCCUUCCCGAGGUCCUUGCGCAGCUCCUGUUUCCGGCGAGGAAGUGGGAGGGCCGGCCAGACACAUACCGCCGGCUCUGCGGCCUUGGAGCCGUCGCUAACGUGCUCAUGAUGAUGAUUGCCAACCUCGUCGGGUUCGCCGUGGGGCUGGACGGCUUGCAAAGCAUCCUCUACGGCAUCUUGCAUGACUGGUCAGGCAUAACGUUCUUCAUGAUUGCCUGUGCGUCACUGUACAUGGGCGUGCAGAUCAUGUUCGAGAUCAGAGAGUCCGAGAUGCGAAGAGGCAUCUCGUUGAAGUGUUAG